AUGCUCUUGAUCACACUUUUCACCAAUAUCAUUGGUGUGGUGACCAUUGCUCUUGUAUCCAUAGUUUCCAUCUUGGGCAUAAUCUGUCUAAGCCGAUCAGUGCAUUUUCAACUUUGGAUCAAAACGAGAGGCUACCAACGUCUUAGCUAUUUCAAUGGGCCAUGGCUUACACGAAUAACACUAAUAGUGGUAGCAUUCUGGUGGGGUAUCGGAGAAGUACUUCGGCUCACUUUUGUGAAUGGAGAAGGAAUGUUUACUUCUGACCGUACAUGGCAAGCUAAUGUCUGCAAAUUCUACAUCAUCUCAAAUUUGGGAUUUGCGGAGCCAGGAUUAUUCUUGUUGCUCGCUUUCCUUCUCAGUGCAGCUUUGCAGAAGCAAGAGCUUGGAACCUUAAACCACAAAUGGAAUCGGAAGACUAUACGUGCCAUGCUUAUUAUCUGCUUCCCUUCACUUCUCUGGGAAGCUUGUGUUGUUUUUAUUGGUCCUCGUGUUGCUUCAGAUGAUGGGCAGACAUCAAAUCUUGCAAAGUACUGGUAUUCAGCCUCAGCCGACCACCAGGGCAAUGUUGCAUGCACAUACCCGUUGCUCAGCAGCAUAUUUCUUGGGGCAUUCUACAUCAUCUUAAUCAUUUAUGUGAUGUUUGUUGGAGGUCAGAUGUUAUCAUUGGUGAUCAACAAGGGGCUUCGGCGGAGGAUAUAUAUGCUAAUAUUUGCUACCUCGAUAUUACUUCCUCGAGCCGCACUUCUUGGGCUCUCUAUUGUUCCAUGGCCAGGUGAAAUAGCCCAUGAAUCUCUUGUGUUCGUCUCCUUUCUGGUGUUGAUGUUUGCUGCCAUGGUCGGUAUUGUGAUUCUGGUAUAUUUCCCGGUUGCUGAUACCUUAGGAGCUCAAGAGCAUGUUGAGAUGCAAGCAAGACAGGCAAUUAUGUUAUGA